UAUUUAUUAUCGUGUUUGGCCAGAUUCCCGUCAUUGUCAGCGCCCUAUUAAUUAUUAAAUUGAUCGCUUACCAAAAUGCCGUAAAGAAAGCUGAGCUUUCUGGCUUUUCACGUCCUCUGAUCAGGUCAAUGUUUGGUGCUCGUCAGUCUGAGACAAUGGAACUGGAGGAAAAUAACAACAGAAACAGGAGGCCAGUGGAAUUCCUUAUCAAAAAAGCAUACAGUCCUCCUUCAUGGGCCUCUCAUCUCAAUCAUAUACCAUCUCAUUAUUUCUCUCUGGCUCAUCUUCCUACUCCUAUUCAUCUCUGGAAUCUUCCUAAUCUACCCGAUGGAACUGAGCUUUGGUUGAAACGCGAUGAUCUCUCGGGCUUGCAAUUGAGUGGCAACAAAGCGAGAAAGUUGGAAUUCUUGAUGGCAGAUGCAGUGGCUAAUGGCGCUGAUUCUGUAAUAACUAUUGGAGGCAUUCAGAGCAACCACUGUCGUGCCACUGCCGUUGCUGCUAAGUACCUUAAUCUUGAUUGUUGCUGCAAGUUCUCUGUGGAUCAAAUCAGGAUUGGCCGUCCAUCUCUUGGAAUUCCAAGCAGGGGUUAUAUUGAAGCAAUCAAGGAAAUUGAGCAGCAAGUUCUUGCUAGUAAUGAGAGAUUAAAAUUUGAUGAUAUUGUUGUAGCAUGUGGCAGUGGAGGUACAGUUGCUGGUCUGUCGCUGGGAUCAUGGUUGGGUACUUUGAAGGCAAAAGUUCAUGCGUUCUCUAUUUAUGAUGAGCCUGAUUACUUUUACAACUUUGUUCAAGAACUACUCGAUGGAUUCGGAGCAGGUGUUAACUCACAUGAAAUUGUGAACAUUCAAGAUGCCAAAGGUCUAGGAUAUGCAAAGAACACCUCUGACGAGCUUAAGUUUGUCCAGGAAGUUGCUACAGCUACUGGCAUUAUUCUAGAUCCAGUUUACAGCGGGAAAGCUGCUUAUGGAAUGAUGAAAGACAUGGCAGAGAAUCCAAGAAAAAAGUGGGAGGGUAGAAAGAUUCUCUUCAUACACACUGGUGGAUUCCUUGGACUUUAUGACAAGGUCAACCAGAUGUCGUCAUUGGUAGAACAUUGUGUGCGAAUGCAUAUUGAUGAAUCUGUUUGAAGGAAAGAUGAUACUGCAAAAAUGUUUUAGAGAAACAUUAUGGUUGGAACCAUUAGGGGGGGAAAAAAGAGGAACAUAAAUUAAGAUGAUAAUAUUUAACUUUCUUAAAGGUGAAAAU